UACUCAAUUUUUGUUCUUUCAUUAUCGUUUCAAAACCUUGGGUAGAAUUGUUUCAUUGCAAGGUUACAAUGGCGAUUGUAUUUCUUCUAUUAUGCUUAAUAACAACUUCGUCGGUGUACGAAGUUGAAGGAAAACUUGAAGGUAGAGGCCCAAAGGUCCCAAAAGCCCCCAAAGCCCCAAAAGUCCCUAAAGUUGGCACGCUACUUGACGUAAAAGUCCCGGGAACUGGUCCUGGGACUGUUCCGGGAACUGGUCCGGCUGCUCCAUCUGGUUCAGUUUUUGAUGUCACUAAACAUGGUGCUAAGCCUGGAACUGCUGAUGAUACCGGUGAUGAAGGAGAAUCCUCCAAUGCUUUGGCAUUUAUCCAAGCAUGGAAGGCAGCUUGCAACGGUGUUGGGGCAACAAGAGUACUAGUCCCAAAAGGGAGUUUUGUAACAGGACCAGUUGUAUUUGUAGGGCCAUGCAAAGCGCAAGUCACAGUAGAGAUCCAAGGUACUUGGUUGGCUAACACUGAUAUUAGUCUCUAUAACGAACCUCAAGUCAUCUUGUUUCAAAAUGUCGAUGGUCUCGUCAUUACUGGUACCGGCGUCAUCGACGGACAAGGUGCUAAACACUGGGGAAGUAGUGAUUGCGCUAAGAACCCCAAUUGUUCUCCGCUGCCCACUACCCUCAAAUUUCAUAGGGCGAAUCAUGCCGUGGUUGAAGGAAUUCAAUCCGUAAACCCCAUGUUUUUUCAUAUGUUUGUUAGUAACUCCCACAAUGUAACAAUGCGUAACUUAAAGAUAGCAGCUCCAUUUAACAGCCCUAACACUGAUGGCAUUCAUCUCGGCGCCUCGGAUCUUGUUACUAUUACUAAUACCUUAAUUGGUACCGGUGAUGAUUGUAUUUCUGUGGGCCAUGGAUCUAAACAAGUCAAGAUUACAGGUGUCACAUGUGGGCCCGGACAUGGUAUCAGUGUAGGGAGCCUUGGAAAGUAUCCUAAUGAGUUAGAAGUAGAAGACAUAUUAGUUCAGAAUUGCACUCUCAGUGGAACCACAAAUGGUGCAAGAAUCAAGUCAUGGCCAGGAAAUAAGCCAAAUAAAGCUUCAAACAUCAGAUAUUUAGAUUUAAUCAUGGAUCAUGUCAAGAAUCCUAUUAUUAUUGAUCAACAAUAUGGCAAGCCAGACAGUGCUGAGCCAUCUCAUGUGAAGAUUAUUGAUAUACACUUCAAGAACAUAAGGGGAACUUCAGCCACGCCUGAGUUGCUGACAUUUGCGUGUAGCAAAGCAUUGCCUUGUGAAGCCAUUGAGGUUGCUGAUGUUAACCUUAUUUAUGAAGGGAAGGCGAUCUUACAUAAAAACCCUGUCCCUGGUAAUAAUGGUCAGGCAGCUACUUGUUUGAAUGCCAAAGUGGUGUUCGGUGGAAAACACGAGGGUAUUGACUGCAAAUCGAUGUAAUUCAUUUUGAUAAAAUUAAGUUCGACGACUUUGUGAUAAUUUAAGAGAACAAGUGGAAAAAAAAUUAAAGUAUUUCAUUUUUUUACUCAUCAAAAGUGGCCUAAUUUAAGUUUAUUAUUAUAAUCUUUGGUUCAUGUAGCCUACCCUCAUCCUAUUGAAGAUAAGGUUCUGAUGCUUUUUACAUUAUCUACUCGUUGUUAUUGUUUGUUAAUGACGAAAUUUUAUUUUAGGAUUUAUGUAAAUUAGUAUACAUCAGCUUGUAA